CCUGAAACAGCAUGUUACGGGAAUCACUUGAAAGCAGCAACACUCGGAGACCGACGUGUGUCCUGGGACAAACGUCACGAGUCCGAAAUCUCCCACGAAGUAGUCCCGGACAAGAAGAGUGGAAGUGAGUUGAAUUAGGAUUAACGCCACAUCGGGGAGCAUUGACGUAGCCGUAAUGUUCUGAUGGUUUAUUCGAGCUACCAGCUGCUUGUAGCCCGAGGAGGAGAAGGACUGGACCAGCAGCAGGUGCAUGUGGAUGGCGAUAAAACUCGAGGCAAACUCCGCUGUGUCCACGCGGCUUGAAGACCGACGGAUCAACAAGAUACUUGAAGGAUCAAACUAAAACGACUUCUUGGUGUGGUGGAGAAGCGAGUGUUUUUCGCGUGUUUUCCUCCUCGAGAACAGCAUGUUAAUCCAAGGAAAAGCAGCGUCUUGUCCCGUCUCUUCGCACGCAAACAUGGAGAAAGUUAACAGUGAACGUUAACGCUAACUUGCCUCAACUCUUACCUCGACUUCAAAAUUCGUGGUUGUCGUAAACUUUUUGUUUUGUUUCGUUUGGGAGAACCGCAACAAGGGGGACAUAUGCUGAGACUCUAGUAAGGGUUUUUGAGGAUAUCACUGGAGCAGAAAGAGGCAAUGGAGAAGAAGAACAAUACGACUAAUCGGACCCGCUCGGUCGCCGACGGUAGAGCUAAAGACCGAGUGGACAGUGUGGAUCCAUAUGGCUUUGAACGCUCUGAGGACUUUGAUUAUGAGUCUUAUGAGGAGCUCAUGUCUGAGUAUCUAGUUGUGCUCACCCGACGAUCCAUCAAGUGGUCUAAGCUGCUGAAGGGAAAAAGCAAGGUGCAGAAGAAUGUGAAAUUAAAACGCUAUGUACGCAAGGGAAUUCCCAAUGAGCACCGGGCUCUGAUCUGGAUGGCAGCCAGUGGGGCGCAAGACCAGCUAGAGAAGAACCCAGGAUACUACCAGUCCCUGCUUGGAGCCCAGCAUGACUCCAAACUGGUGGAGACCAUCUGCACAGACUUGAACAGGACAUUUCCAGACAACGUCCAAUUCCGCAAGACGUCCAACCCAUGUCUCCAGAAAGCUCUGUACAAUGUGCUAUUGGCUUAUGGUCACCACAACCCAGCUGUGGGCUACUGUCAGGGGAUGAACUUUGUUGCUGGGUUUCUACUUAUUAUCACAAAAGAUGAAGAAAAAUCAUUUUGGCUGAUGGAAGCACUACUCGGUAGAAUUUUACCAGACUACUACAGUCCAGCUAUGCUGGGGCUGAAGACGGACCAAGAGGUUUUAGGGGAACUGGUGAAAGUUAAAACCCCCAGAGUUUGGCAGACCAUGAUGGAUCACAAUGUCAUGUGGACCUUGGUGGUUUCCCGGUGGUUCAUCUGUCUCUACAUUGAUGUCUUACCAGUAGAGACUGUUCUGAGGAUUUGGGAUUGCCUGUUCUACGAGGGCUCCAAAAUCCUGUUCCGUGUAGCUCUGACGCUGAUCCACCACAACGAGGCUCUGCUUCAACAAGCCCAAUCACUGCCAGACGUCUGCCAAAACUUCAAGCAGAUCACCCACGGACCAUUUGUCGACGAAUGCCACACUUUCAUGCAGAAAAUCUUCACGGAACCAGGAAGUCUGUCCACUUCAACCUUGACUAAGCUGCGCGCGAUGUGUCGAUCUCGCAUCAUUGCAGAAGAAUCCUGAACCAAAUUCCACUACCUGUAGCUUAAACUCAAUACACAUUCCACCGGGAUGCGAUCCCCACA